AUGGCCUCAGCUCUGACGCUGCCAGCACCACUGAAGAAGGCGUUCAGUCUCUUCCCACUGCAAACGUACCCCCCAGUGUCGUUUUCAGUGAGGUUUCCGCUGGUAAAGCCAACGCUAUGGAUAGCGCCACCCCGAAAAUCAUCCGCCAGUCUCCUAAGUACAGACGUGGAAUGUUUGAAAUGGCAAGCCUUCAUUGCCAUCCGAGGCUUGGUAGACAUCGCUGUGCGGUGGGAUAUAUCACCGGAAGGUGCCCUCGGAGGGAGACUUCCUACUCUCCACGUUCCGAAUGCAGGCUCCGAGGGCCACCUCUUACCAGCGGAAGACAUCCCUAGCUGGGUGGACAAUCAAUCCACCAGCGGAGUCGACACUUUGGACGGAUACAAGGACGAGCGCGCGAAGGACGAAAGUCAUGCCUGGGUCUCGUUGCUCGAAGGCGUCGUGCAUGCUGCUUUGACUCUCUCUGGGUCCACGCCCUCACCUUUCGAUACUUUUAUUCACUGGGACGGAAACAAGGGACGACCAAUCGAGGCUCUCCUCAACCCCCCGCCAGCGCCACUUACAGGAUUCAAUUCUUUCCUUCCUGCUUUUGGCGCAAAUAUUUCCUUGUCGGCCUUACAACCCCAAUAUACAGAAGCCAUCAGUGCGUUGUCGGAGCGCCUUGGAGAAGACACUUGGUUCCUCGGAAGCGCAAACCCAACAUUUCUCGACGCCCUGCUGUUCGCAUACCUGCACUGCAUUCUUCAUAGUGGAGAUGUUACGAGACUGGAAGUCACUCGUCGUACUAGCCUUGUGGCUUGGGAACGGAGGGUCAGGACAAAGGUCGAAGCGGCAUUUUGCGUCGCACCCAGACGUUAG